AUGAUGUCGGGUAAGAGUGCAAUCAAUAGUAUGAGAGAGCUACUGGAUAUGAAACUUAAUUAAGUUCGUAAAAUAAACCGAUAGCAAGAUGAUAACAUUAAAUUACUUAAGUCUCGACUGAAUCAUAUUUAACAUUAAGAUAUGAUUUGUUAAAAGAAUAUUUCUAGAACAAGUAAUGAAAUAUAAUCAAUGAUCUCUACUAAAUCUAGAGUCAAUGAAGACUAAUUGAGGAAGGUAUAUAUCUAAAAACUAAUUAAUUUGAUUAGUAAUUCUUAGAAGAGAUUAAAUAAUAGAAGCUUGAAGAAUAUUCAUAAAGAGCCUAUAUAUCAAAAAUGGAGAGACUAAAAAGGAGCAAAAACGUAGAAAACUGUAAGUAUAUGAUUUUAAGCAUAGAAAAAUAAGUAUAUUCUGAGACCCAUUCUUUCUUAAAUAAGGAAUAUAAAACGAAUCUCUCUUAGGCAAAAUUAUAAACUUGGAAUGAAAUUUAUGGGACUAAUUGCAAAUCUCACAAGCUAAUCAGAUAAGCUCAUCUUAAACAUAAAUAAGAUAAGAUUAUUUAAUUACAAAUGGUACUAUAUUUAUUAAUUCUAGAAAUAAUAAGAAGGAUAAUAUAAUUAUAAGAUGAAGAUAGUAAAAGAGGCAUAGUAAUUUAAAGAAAAAAAAAUGAAAGUCACAGAAUUAGAAGAGGCAGAAGAAUAAUAUUUAAUGAAACUAAAAGUCACUCAGAGUAAGAACCGUUCUAUGAGUGCUAAAAAAGAAGAGAUAAAGAGAUUGCCUGCAGAGAAAAUAGCAAUUAGCAAAAAUAAUCUCUUUAGAAUAAAUUGA